AUGGAGCAGGAUAAUGAGAUGGGCAUUUUUGAAUCCAGUGCCUGGGUGACCCCGAUCGUCAUGGCGAUGAAAAGUGAUGAUCUGGCUAUGAAAACAGCUGUGUCCUCGUGCGAGGAUGGUGGCAUCGAUUUACUACCAGGUGGCAGGCUGUCUGAUCUAGAGUAUGCAGACGACAUUGUGAAGAUCCAUGCAUUAUGCCAAUGCAUGGAUUGUCUGUCUCCAAACACGUGUCAACAGUUGACUCAGCUGUUCGACUCCCACUUACCCAGAGCAAGCACUAGUUUCGUUCCCUCUAUUCGUUACGCUGUUUUUACACUAUGGCCUAGUGUCAUUCGUCGAUGCACAAGUGUUACGAAUACAGUUUCCAAAGACAAUGUUCUUCCUAUUGUUUUGUCCUUGAUGCAUGCUCUGCCACCCACAGAAGUGCAUGAUACCCUUGCCACUCCACUUUCGGUUCUCAUGGAAGUGACUAUCUCAAAUCCAACUCGAUUCGAACCUUUCAUCUCUCUCUGUUGUCUGAUUGAUCGGAUUCACGAAAGCUCGACUAAUGCCAUCCUGAGCACAAUUUUGGCCGAGUGCAUUUUCCGUAUUGUCAUUUUACCGCUUUCCACACGGAAUGCGUGGUAUCAUUCAGACCGACCAGCUCCUGGUUGGUAUCAGUGGCUCAUUCGUCUCUGGGCUAAAUGUGUCCGUCUGAUCCGUCUGGAAUUAUCCGAACUGGAACCAGAGCAAUUGCUUCUUCCUAUCCGUGGUUCCAAUCCUUUGACCAAACCGUAUCAUGUACGCAAGGCAGUAAAUGAAUCGCCCGCUCUGCAUCAAACCAUCAUGGAGUCACUGUUGGGAAUUCUAUGCGUAUCACCGUCCUCAACAUCGGCAUCAGCUUCUUCGUCCUCGUUCGUCUCACCCGGUUCACCAACUGCGAUUUUUCAUUGUGUCAUCCUCGACUGGUUGCUGGAACUCAUCACCGAUUUUUUGGUCUGUGUCUGUCCCGAUUUUAAACGGGAGGAUCCAGACAGGUCAAUCACGGACGAAAACACCUCAAACACUUGGGCACUGUUAUCUGUUUUGGUGCUGUACGCUCGACGGGGAUGGACCACUGCAUUUUCCGUUGAAUAUCUGUACGCUCGUCUAUGCGAAUCGCGGGCGGGUCUAGGCGGAUCACGUGGUCUGAUCAAUUUAGCUGUAUCACACGUGCGCGACGCUCUCCGCUCAUGCAAUCCUGUACAUUUGGAGGACGAAUCGUGGACGCGACUGCUCUGCUCUCGCCUUCGCUUUCCACUGAUUCUUCUACUUGAAUCGGACAGUCCUACGCUAGCCCCCUCUGAGGGAUUAGAUGGUACUGCAGGUAACAGCGGCACACAAACGACGAUCGGAGACGACAUCAGUGGAGUUUGGGCCCUUCCAAAUGCUAUAGGUCACGCAUCUGAGAUGUCUCUAGGAUCUCGUCGAAUGCGUGCAUUGUUGCCGUGCUUAGCAAUGCCGUUUUAUUUUGACCACGAUCAGUGCGUCGUCAAAAACUAUACUACCUCUGUAUCUGCCGAAACUGAUCAAACGGUUCCCAUGGGAAAUGCAUUAAUCUCGGGCAGCCUUAUAUUGGAAUUGAUUCAAACGUGCUUGCAUUUGCUUCCCGAUUUGAGGUACUCGCAUCAGCAUGAGCAGUCUUCCUCACAGUUCGAUAAUCUCCCAUGGAUGACCUGUUUCGGCCUACUAAUCAACCGUCUAGUCAAAGCGUUGGAUCCUAUCACUUCGUUGAGGGAUGUAGUAAUCCAUCCAUCCGGAGGGCUAUUUGCGAGAAAACGUCAGGCGUUAUUGGAUCAGGUCUUACUUAUACUUCCUCUUGCUCGUUCAAAUGCUAUUCAACCCCUGCUGCGUUUGUUGUUCGUGGUCGUCUUAGGUCGAGAUCCACGUCCCGAUGCCACACUUUCCUUGUCGAAUUCCAGUCAGUUAAUCCAGCUCAGUCCAAAGUUACUAAGCAAAGUGAUUCCCAUAAUUGUUGAUGAACUCAAACGCUCCUCAUCCACUGCCUCAAAUGAGUCGGAAUAUCCGUCUAACGAAUCGAAUCCGGCCAGUGUACUUCUUCAUUGGUUCGGUUUCGAAGGAUCCGGUCAACCUCCGUGGUUGUCUACACCGGAUUUCCGAUCUGCUUCGUCAACCAUGACAACCUGGUCUUUUCGAGUAUCUUUCUCUCAGUCGUUCGGUUCACUGUAUGUUCACGCCAGUCACAAACACGUUGUACAUUCGCCCAGAUCACCCAGUUGUGCCGUUCGCUACUCAGGUGGUGGUUGGCUAGCUCUGGAUCCACGCUGUUUCUCCACUAGGCAAUGGCGUCAUGCUCUGCUUCGGGUCAGUUGGUCUAGCCCGAACAGGAUUGAAAUCACCAGCAUCUGGGACGCAUGCUGGAAAAGUCGUGCAACGAUCACCCUGUCCGAUGAUCCAUCCCAGCAUGAUUUGCGUGACGGCCAACUUCAAUCUAUGCAUCAAAGUGGUCUGUGGCUAGUUUUGGGAUAUCCGUCUGCUUCUUCCGAACCACGGUCUGAUCGGUCACCGUCUGUUUGGAGAAACCAGAAGUAUAGUAUGGGAAAUGUGUUCUUUUUUCACGGUCAGUUAUUGGUUCAUUGGUUCACAGAAAUGCAAAGCGAGUUUUUACUGUUCCUCCGAAAGUGA